UGUUUAUUGUCUAUGGUUAUUUUGUUGUCAAAUUCAAGAAAAUGGCCGCGAAACAAAAUUCUUUAAUAAAUGAAGCCCAAUCUACAUCUGAAGAUAUUCCCUUGACGUCGUUAGAAGAAAGCUUACUAAGUUUAGAGAAGCUAGAUCGAGCUUCCCCUGAACUAUGGCCAGAGCAAAUCCCUGGCGUGUCAGAGUUCGCACCUUUGCAAAACCCUAACCAAUCGCCUCCCUCAUGGAAUAAAGGGCUUACCAAAGACGAUUACAAUUAUAUGCAACAGCUGGGGUCAUUAACUACAAGUAGUCUCAUCAUGGAGGUAAAGAAACUUCAUGAUCUUGCUUAUCAGCUUGGAUUGGAAGAGGCCAAAGAGAUGACAAGGGGGAAGUACUUAAAUAUAUUCUCAUCUCGACGGCAAAGAUAAUAAUACCAUUAUUAGAUGUAAUGUUAAAAAAUGUAUAUGUACAUUAAAUAUAAAACUUAUAUUCCAUUUCAUAGCAACAUAAGGUAAAUCUUCUAAAAUUUUAAAGAAGUUAUAAAAAAAGUUAAAAAUUCACUUGAUGUUAUUUUUGUUGUUGUAAUGCUGAAUUUUAUGUUUGUGUUUUGGUGGGUUUAUUGGUUAAUAUUGUAGUUGGUGAGUACUUGAAUUGGCUUAAAGUGAUUGCAUUUUAACUUCGCGUUAUCACUUCCCUGAGCCAGCAAGUAACUCAAAUAUGUCACAAUAUUUUCUCAUUUGUAAAAGGGCUGUGCAAUGCUAACUUACUAUCUACAGAUGGUUAAUGUUUAUUUUGAACGUCAAGCUAAGUAAACUGCCGUCAUAAAACAAUGAAAUAAAUCAUUAUUGUGACAUUUUGGGUAUGAUUAUUAAAGAUGUAU